AAUCGCUAACUUCGUCUUUUUCAAACUAAACUGGCAUUAAAGAAAGUCUCGCUUUGUAAUUUAUUAUUUUUGUUAUUGAUCAACCAUCGUUUUAAUGUCAUGAAAAAAAAAUGAAAACGCCUAAUGGAUACUGUGACCUGCGCGUAGAAAAGGUGAACGAUGACAUUAUCCAUGCAUACAUUGAACAUGGGUAUGCUUUGAUCGCUGUAAAUACAACAGUGGAUUGUUCAUUACUAGGCAAUGGAAAUUCAAACAAAAAAAAAAGAAAAUUUGCUGAAUGUAAUGAUGAAAUUGUUGAAGAAAAAGACUGGGUGCCUACACCCAAGUUAAUAAGCAGUAAUGACUCCAAAUUAACUAUUCUGAAUCGGUUAACCAUUCAAAUAUCAAAUAUUGGACAACUGCAAAAAAUUUUGAGUUCUCAAAAUUUCAAAUUGUUUAACAUUCUAGCAGUAGAACCAUUGAAUGAUAAAGUUUUUCAGGACAUAGUCACUUCACCGUCAGUUGAUAUAAUAACAUGUAAUAUGAAAACAUCUAUAACUCCAAAGGACUACACAAUCGCAGUUGAAAAAAACAUUUAUUUUGAAAUAUCCUAUUGUCCAAUGUUAUUUAAUUCUAAUACACGUCAAGAUACUUUUACUUUAGCUCACCUACUUCAUAUUAAAGGAAAAUCAAAAAACCUUAUAAUUACAAGUGGGGCAGCUAAUAAACUAGAUAUACGCAAUCCUCAUGAUGUGAUGAAUUUAGGUAUUUUACUAGGUCUUUCAAGAAAACUAUCGACAAAAUCAAUCACUCAAGGAUGUUAUUCUAUUAUUUUGAAGAGCUAUGGUCGAAAAUUAGGAAAGUCUGCAAUACAUUUGAAACCUGUGAACAACAAUUUUUAAUAUUAAAAAAAAAUUUUGAUUAUAUUUUAAUAAUAAUCAUUAGUAAUGUAUUAUUAUUUAUAAUUUAUAAUGUUGAUGGUUUAAUUAAAAAAUUAUGCUAUUUAUAUCUUAUAACUAAAAAAUAGCCAAAUUAUUAAGAAUAACACAAACUAUUUCAUUGGUACACAAUUUGAUUAAAUAGUUUUUAGAACUAGUAUCUGGCUAUAAAUGAUGUAAGUUUAACUGUAAUAUUCUGAUAGGAUUAUUGAAUACAACACACACACUAUGCAACUCAUUGAUUUUUAAAAACAUAAAUAAUUAUAGUUGGCAAUUAUAUUGUUGAAGUUAAUUAGUAAUUCAACAUAGAAAUCAGUCUUAUUUGAACCAAACACUAAUAUAGUUGUUAUGUUAUAAAGUUGUUCCGUCCGCCGUUGCCCCUGUCAAUUUAUUUUCCUUUUUGUAAAUGUAUUUGUAAAAUAAAUGUAAAGGUUUAUCGUA